AUGGCAGUGAUGCCGGUGGACCCUUUACCGGUCGGAUACAGGUUCCGGCCGACGGAUGAGGAGCUGAUCGAUCAUUAUCUGAGGCUGAAAAUAAACGGACGUGGAAAAGAAGUUAAUGUUAUACGUGAAAUUGAUGUUUGUAAAUGGGAGCCUUGGGACUUGCCGGAUUUAUCUGUGAUAGCGGCGGACAAUGAGUGGUUUUUCUUUUGCCCGAAGGAUCGCAAGUAUCAGAAUGGUCAGAGGUCAAACCGGGCUACUGAAAAAGGUUACUGGAAAGCAACAGGCAAAGAUAGGAACAUAAUUUCUAAGAAGGGAGUAAAAAUUGGUAUGAAAAAGUCUCUAGUUUUCCAUGAGGGUCGUGCUCCGGAGGGCAAGAGGACUAUUUGGGUGAUACAUGAGUAUCGAGCAAUAGAAAAGUCACUCGAUGGCUCUCAUCCUGGUCAGGGUUCAUUUGUGCUCUGCCGCCUUUUUAAAAAGACUGACAUCAAACAAGAAGAGAACACUGAAAGUUCAAACAUUGAUGGAGCGAGUGGCCUGGCUGAAAGCCGUCCGACCUUAAAUUCUGAGAAAGCAACAAGUGACACUCCUACACCUCCUGAUUGUCACAUGUUAGGCUCGAUAUCUAUUCCACCUGACCCAGAGCUGGAAAAAGCACUAGGAAGUUUGUACCCUACAAUACCAGAGUCAAUGGAUUCAAAAAUCUUCUCCCCAUUGCAUGCACAGAUGGAAAUCAACUUUGGAAAUUCUUAUUUGGAUAAAACCUUCUGUGAUAACAUCAACAGGGAUGAUAGAGAUAACCCAAUUCAAUAUGGAACAAAUGCUGCUGAUAUUAACGAGUUUUUGAACUCGGUUCUUGUCUAUUCAGAUGAGCAUCCCUAUGAGGAUUAUGCAAUGUCAUCGGAAUUAAUUGAGGAUAUUAAUUCAUGUUGUAAAUCAGAGGCAAUGUCCCAGUUACAGUCUGGACAGUUUGAUGUUCUGCAAAUGCAAAGUGACUCAGGUAUGGAAACUAUCCAACCAGAUCCUUUGUCACAGCAAGACGUCACUUUCGAAAUGACCAGUUCUGGGCAAAAUGCUUACAGCAAGCCUCAAGUCAGCGAUCAUUUUCAGCGCAGAAUGUCGGGCCUCACAAAUAGCAGUCAUCUAGUACCAAAUACUUUCUCCAGUGUCUCUGCUGGCAAUCAUAUACCUAAAAUAUUAAACACCACAGAUGAAUCUGGUGGUUCCAGCAACCCGAUGACCACUGACAGAACUGGAAUCAAGUUAAGGACUCGGGAAACUUCGAAUCAAGCCAAUGCAAUGGAGUUUAUAUCACGUGGAACUGCCUCUAGAAGAAUUCGCUUUCAAGUGAAACUGCAAGCUGGACCAGUUCAAUGUGGUCUGCCUCAGGAUUCAAAGGAUACUGACGUAAGCCUUGAAAAGGAAUUGGCAGGGACUGAGGAUUGCAAAGCUACUAAUGUUGAUACCUUGGACGAGUCGAAGGAUAUAGAUUCCAACAAAAAAAAUAUAGAUGGACAAUCUCAUGACUCAAGCUCUGAAGAUGCUAUUUCUGUCAGUUCGAAAUGCGCAGCUGCGAGUUCAGUUUCAUCAUCUGUCUACAUGCCAAUGGUAGUUGUGGCCACGAGUCUUCUCAUCAUUCUUGUUGGCGUUUGGGGAUACUUUAGAUUUUGA